AACAAAUGUCUAUAAGCACUGGGCUUAAGACAACCAAAUAAUAUCCAAGAAACAAGAUGGACCGCUGGCUAAAUCGCGUUGCCGUUGUCACUGGUGCCAGUUCCGGGAUCGGGGCAGCAUGCUGCAAAGAUCUGGUCUCCAAAGGAAUGAUCGUCGUGGGAUUGGCGCGACGGGAGCAUCGACUGCAGGAAGUAAAGUCUUCUCUGCCCGUCGAUCAAGGGGCUCGUUUCCAUGGCCGGAAGUGCGAUGUCAGUGUGGAGCAGCAGGUAAUUGAUGCCUUUGUUUGGAUCGAGCAGACUUUGGGCGGGGCCGACGUACUGAUAAACAAUGCCGGCAUAGUACGACGGACCAACAUCACCGAUGAGGGCAACUCGGACGCUCUUCGCGCUAUUUUGGAUACAAACUUGCUGGGCGUUUCCUGGUGUACACGCGAAGCGUUUCUUUCGCUUCAGCGUAGAAAAGUGAACGAUGGGCAUGUGGUGCUCAUAAAUAGCCUGGCCGGGCAUAUUGUGCCAAUGGUGGAUGGGGUUCAAUUCAAUAUGUAUGCCCCUUCAAAGCAUGCUAUAACCGCGUUAGCCGAAGUCCUGCGCCAAGAGUUCAUCAAUAAAUCAACCAAGACAAAGAUUACUAGCAUCAGUCCUGGCGUUGUGGACACCGAAAUCUUCGACAAGAAUUCCGCCGAGCUGACCAACUCCAUGCCAAUGCUGCGAGCGGAGGAUGUAGCCGAUGCAGUCACCUAUUGCAUCCAAACACCGCCCAAUGUGCAGAUUCAUGAGCUCACCAUUAAGCCAGUGGGUGAACGUUUUUAAGAUGUUUAUCGUUUUCCAAGAUUAAUAUAUUCUUUUCUACAAUUAAAAUACCCCUGCAAUCGCUUGAUUACA